AUGAGUCAAGGAUUAACUCAAGAUGACUUUAGAAAGCUCAUGGCUACACCACGUCAGCCAAGCAAUGAAGAAGUAGCAACACCUUCAACACCACGAACACCAAAAAGCUCAGGAGCUGUUUUUGCAAAACCACACGCUCUUCGUAAGAAAAUAUUUCAAAAAAAGAUUAAUAAAAAUGAGAAUGAGGAAACAGAGACACCCUUGAGCACCUAUCGUGAUCGAGCUGCUGAAAGACGUCAACAAGAGUUGGCAGAGGACGAUUCACAGUUGACAACUGAAGAACUAUUAAAACGAACACAAAGAGAGGCAGACGAAGAACUGAAUGCUCAGCAACUUUAUGAACAAUCAAAGUAUUUAGGAGGUGAUAUAGAUCAUACUCACCUUGUCAAGGGUUUAGAUUUUGCUUUAUUAAGUAAAGUAAGACGAGAUCUAUCAAAAGAAGAGAAGCAGCAUCCAAAAGAAAAUGACAUUGUUGUUGAACAACCAACAACAACAAAUGCAGAAGAGCCAUUACCUGUCGAAGUCAUGGACGGCAAGCCCAAGUUUCACAGUGUGAUGGCCAAAAAUAUUUACGAUCUAAUCAUGAAAGAAUCAAGAGAGACUAAAAAGAAGCGAGUGGAACUAUUUGAGCCUGGAAGGAUGAGUUUUGUAUUUGAACUAGCAGACGAGGUUGGAUAUUACUCGGACGCAUUCGCUGUACCUACAGCUGUUAUCCGAAGCAAAGCAGAUAUGGAUACGAAUGGUCCAGCAGACAUAUUUGCUGAAAUGAAUUUGGUGGCUGAAAAGAUUUCUCAGGUCAUGACCAGUAUUCGACAUGGAGAAGAUCGAAAGAAGCCAGUGGUGAAUACGAAUAGAUCCAUACAUGCUACCUUAACUGCAGAACCAGUGGCGAUGUCUGAGGAUGGGUUUAGUGGUGAUAUAUUUGCAGACGUUGGACGAGAUUAUCAAUUGGAUGAAAGCACAAUUGAGGCUUCAGAGAAAAGACAGGAUAUCGAAACAGAAACGACCAAUAAGGAAAGCUACUUUAAAGGGUUAGCAGUGGACGAUGAAGAAGAAGAUGAAGUCAUGCCAGAUGCUAAAGAGACCGUAGCAUCCAUUUUAUCUCAAGCGAAAGAAGAGAACACACAGCCAGAGCAGAGUCAAAAAAGAAGAAAGUUGGAUAACGUUGAUCGUGACAUCAUGGACAUGGAUGCGGCAGAUAUAGACAUGUUUGGCUUGGGUUCAUCCGCUCUGCCUACAUCAUUUGACGAACGCUCAAAACUAACAGCCUAUCAAUCAGAUGAUGAAGAGAGUAAAACACAUCUCGUCGAUCACGGCACGAAUCGCAACAAGAAAGCACAAUUGACUCGAUGGGACUUUGACACAGACGAAGAGUGGCAAAAAUACAAAGACUCUAUCGAAAUCCUUCCAAAGAGCGCAGUUCAAUUUGGUGUCAAGGUGAACGAUGGUCGCAAGAAAGGCAAAGAAAAGAAGGGAUUAAACGAUAAGCAAAGAUUUGAUAGAGACUUUCAACAAGUCAAGAGCAUUUUAUCACAAAAGUAUGGCAAAUCUUUGGAAUAA